GUCCGCUCCCCGGUAUGGUAUAAAUAGGCACAAAUUUCAGUGAUCAAUAUUUCAAUCUUUGUAUAUGUCAAUGGUUACCUUCCGGAUCUGCUUUUGGAGCAACACGCCCGGGGUCACUGAGGCAUCGCGAUAAAGGCUCGAGUGACCUGAUAUAAAAGCCAUCUGUUCGAGUGGCUGAAUCACUGCGUUACGUUGAGGGUAACGUAUCACUACACUCAGGCUUGCUUGCCCCACAUGUCCAUCGACGAAAAGAAGAAGUCAGAAUCUUUCACAGAAAAUGUGGUCACAGCGUCGAAUCAGGAUGACUCCAUGCUGUUGACACUGGACGCCAGGAAGGCGGGAGAGCGGGCGCUACUCCGCAAGUUGGAUCGUCGGUUGAUGCCCACUGCUGUGGUCAUAUACCUCUUGAACUACAUCGACCGUGUCGCUAUUACUGCUGCACGGCUGCAAGGUUUAGAGGCAGACCUCGGAUUGUCAACUGUUCAGUAUGAAACUGUUGUGGCUAUUCUUUAUGUAACCUAUUCUCCGGCACAAAUACCCUCGAACAUGAUUUUGAGUUAUAUUUCACGACCGUCGCUGUAUAUUGGGGCCUGCGUUGUUGCAUGGGGUCUCACGAGUACUUUAACCGGGACCACAACGAACUUUGCGGGCAUCAUGGCUUGUCGUAUAUUCAUUGGUCUUCCCGAGGCUGCAUUUUAUCCUGGCGUCAUGUAUCUGCUCUCGCGAUGGUAUACUAGGAAGGAGCUUGCCGUGCGGUCAGCUUGGUUUUUUGCUGGACUUCUAAUCUCGAAUGCAUUCGGAAGCUUAUUUGCAGCUGCGAUUCUCGCAAACAUGCAAGGCAAAUUGGGCUUUGCCGCCUGGAGAUGGUUGUUCUUCAUAGAGGGAGCCAUCACCAUGUUCUUUGGCUUCUUGACCAUGUGCGCAUCUCCGUCGGAACGCCGCUUGGCUCAAGUUCGCCUCGCCGAAGAUGCAGGGGAAGCCGACAAGGAUGCUGACAACCUCACCAUUUACGAUGGCUUGUUGCUGGCUAUCAAGGAUCCAAAGACCAUCAUUUUCAUGUUUAUAAGCUGCUCGCAAACUUUGGGCCUGAGUUUUACCAACUUCUUCCCCACCUUGACUGCUACGCUUGGUUUCAACACAACAGAUACACUUUUGAUGGCGGCUCCUCCAUGGGUACUGGCGGCAGCCUUAUGCGUACUCAACGGAUGGCAUGCAGACAGGACUGGAGAGCGAUUCUUCCAUAUCGCUAGCUGGUGGUGGGUGGUUAUCGCUGGAUACAUCAUCUCGCUAUCCACCAUGAAUACGGGCGGGCGAUACUCUUCCUUGUUCCUCAUGACCGCUGGGUUUUCUGGAUUUGCCUUGACAUUGACCUGGGUUUCAAACGCCAUUCCUCGUCCUCCAGCAAAACGCUCCGUAGCUAUGGGACUUGUCAAUGGGAUUGGAAACCUCGGUAACGUUAUGGGCUCAUACGUCUGGAAUUCUGCGUGGGGUCCUCGGUACCAUCAAUCCAUGAUUAUAACAUUGUGCAGCCUCAUUAUUUCCACCACCCUGGGCUUGCUAAUGCGAUGGAUAUUAAUCAAAGAGAACAAGCAAAUGGAUAUGGAGGAGAAGAAAUUGAUGGAAGGCCCUGGACGCGAACGUAUUGAAGAGGCUGCUAGAUUGGAAGGAAUUUCAUUCGAAGAGGCUAUGAAAAGAAGGAAGGGCUUCAGGUAUCUGUAUUGAUCUUU